AUGGCGGGCUUGAGUUGGUCAUUAAAUCACAAUCCGGCCAUUGCUAUGGAGCGAAGGAAGCUGUGGUUUUAUUCCCACGAAGAUUACAUAUUGGCACCAUACGAGCCCAUCCUUCCUCGUCUGGAAGCAGUUAAGCGAGGCUACGUCAAAGCCAAGCUUCUGCUUCCUAACAAUGGUUCUAGGAUGCAGUAUCUGAGGAAAGGGGAGCGUCUGGCCAGUGAAAUGAUAGUCGCUGCCAAUAAUCCACCUAGUGUAGUGGCUGCCCGCAGCGGGUUUGAUCAUAAAUAUCCCACUGCGUAUGAUGAUCUCUCAAGUAAAAAGAGACAUGAAUCUGCAGCACGGGAAGGGUUCAGUACUGCGAAAAGACUUCGGAAAAGAACAGAAGCUAAAUUUGGAACCCAGGGAUCGGUACCCCAACCUCAACAACCGGCGGCCGCAGGACCCACGACUAUGACAGCCGGUGGGAGUAACCUGCAGGCCCAGCCACGAGUAACGAAGAGACCGGAACCGCUGUCGUCUUCUUCGGCAACCCAGUCGUCCCUGGCUGUUAGCGGAGCCCUACCGGUAACCUCGGAAGACGUCGUCGUGGAGGUAGAAGAAGAUUAUCCGAUGGGAUGGCCGUCCGAGGCGUUCGUCAAUGUGGUUCUCACCGUAGACCAUAUCACGGUCUUACCGCUGUUGAGCGGGGACCAGAGCGCCGAGAGCCAGCUGACUCGAGUGUAUGCAGCCGGCACCAAACGAGCCAGGAGUGAAGGAGAUGUGGGAGACAAGUCUCCGGCCCCGGGUGUUCCUGGCCGUGACAAUAUCCCACUGCAUAUGAGAGCCUUGCAUUUAAGCAGACACAUGAAAGUGCAGCCCUGGAAUCAUGCAAGACUGCAAGAAAAUUUCGCAGUAAUCGUGGAAUGA